CUUGUCUAAUACAUGGUAGGCAGUUAUGUUCUCUCAUUCAGCAGGGAAGAGAGGAAGAGAGAGAGAGAGAAAGAACAAGAACAGACAUCCCUAAGCUAUUCCCAGAAACAUUAGAACAAAAUAGUAUAGAUAGUUUUCCUUAUUUUUGUUUGAUUCCUCAAACUCCUGAUUUAUCAAAGGAUCUCAUUCUCAAAAAAAAGCUUUUUCAGAGAGAAUGGCGAUUUCUAUCACAGCAGCUUUGAGCCUGCUGCUGGCUUUGAGCAGCAUGCAACUCAAUGAGCUAACGGAGGCAUGCAGUUGCAUGCCAAACCAUCCCCAAGACGCUUUCUGCAACUCUGACAUAGUAAUCCGGGCAAAAGUGGUUGGGAAGAAGCUACUGAAGGAUGGACCUUUUGGUACAAUGCGCUACACCAUCAAACAAAUGAAGAUGUAUCGUGGCUUCAGCAAAAUGCAACAGGUUCAGUAUAUCUAUACAGAAGCUGUGGAUAGCCUGUGUGGUGUCCGGCUGCAGGUGAACAAGUUCCAGUAUCUGAUCACAGGGAGAGUUUAUGAUGGGAAAGUCUACACUGGAGUGUGUAACUUCAUUGUGCCAUGGGAGAGAUUGACCCUGUCACAACGCAAGGGUCUUAAUCAUCGCUACCAGUACGGCUGCAACUGCAAGAUCAAACCCUGUUAUUACCUGCCAUGUUUUGUGACAGCAAAGAAUGAGUGCCUCUGGACCGAUAUGUUGUCUGACCAGGGGUACAUGGGACACCAGGCUAAGCACUAUGUCUGCAUCCGGCAGAAGGAAGGUUACUGCAGUUGGUACAGAGGUGCAGCGCCACCAGACAAAACCAGGAUCAAUGCAACAGACCCCUGAAAGGGACCUUCCUCUGUAAAAAUGCUGGCCAGUAAGGGCAGCCAUCUUGUUGUGACACAGCCAUGUCUUAAUGCCUGUCUCCCAGCAUUAGCACAUAAAACACAGACUUCUAGGCGAUUUUCUUGUUUUCUAAGAAUUAUUCUUAAAUUGCCCAGUGCUUGGGCCAUUUGACUCCAUGCCAAUCAAUGUUGCUUCAGACUAGCUCCUUGUAGUAAUAAAUAUAUUACUGAGCUUUAUAUAUAUUUUAAUAUUGCAGUGUCUUGUACCAUAUGUAACUGCAACUGCCCCUUAUAAAUGUGGGACAUUGGUGGGUGCCUUAUCCCAAAGGUUUCAGGCGAAAAUAUUUUGGAUCAUUUUUAUUACUUAAAAAAGAAAGUAUGUUCAAAUUCCUACAUCCAUACGUUUGUUGUUAAAGAGAUCAUUUAUUUGGCACCAAAAUACAUUUUAAAAAUUACAUAACAAAAUAUAUUCAGCAGUGCUGUGCAACACAAUCCUGUAAUCUGUCUGGUGGGUGUCGAAAGGCAUUUUAAUCUUCGUGCUUGAAAUUAUUUCAGUUUUGGAAAAUUGCAUAAAUGUGCUGCUCCCCUGUCUUUGGCAUGGAUGGCCAGUCUCAACAUCACUAAGCCCCUUUGAAUAGUAUUCUGGGACUGGCUUGCUGCAUUUAUAUAUUUAAGACCAGCUCCUUGGUCCUAACAGCAGAAUGACACCUUCACAUUUUCAUGGUUCUGCACUGUCAGUGGGAUGACGGAACAUCGAUAAUGUUCUUAUUUAUGGCUUGUUUAUGAGCUGUCAAUAAAAGGAAAUCACCUUUUUUGUUAUUCAUUUUUUAAUUCAUUCUUGGGAUGUGGGCAUCGCUGGCUAGGCCAGUAGCUGUGCUCAUAUCGUGUCCAAAUACCUUUUAGAGGAGGUAAAUGUUGAACUGCCAUAUAACGAAAGCUACAAGUUUUCCAUUUUUAUGAAAAAUGGAUAUAAUUGCAGAAUUGUGAUGCCCAAAACACUGGUUAAGAUCUCAGUCCUAUAUAAUAUAAAUGGUUUUUGACUUAAUGGGGGCAUUCUCUUCUGACAUUCCACUCGAUAUUUGGUGGAAUUUCUACAGAAAUUAUUCAAAAAUCCACUGCUGCUUCUCUAUCCAACAGAAGAUUUCCCACCCCCAUCACCAGGACCACCACCUCUUUCCUCACUUGUUGCUCCUAAGUACCAGGAGGGGAGUGGGGUCUGGGGUCCCAAAGAAUUUACUGCCUUUCCACUUAUAGGGCCAUCAUGUUGAAGGUUGCAGUAAAUGGCCAAAAAUAGGGAAAAUGUGAUUGUUAGAAAAAAUCUCCUUCCAAUGGCAUCUUGCACUUAUGUAGCACCAUUAAUAUAACAUUCCCAAGAUGCCUCAGAGGCAUAAGUAAACAAAAUAAUGAUUCAGAGUUUUAAUGUGCAAAAUUGCACCUUUGAAACUUAGUGGAGCUGUUAUAUGAUCACAAAGCACCAAUUCUUACAAUAGAACGUUCUGUGCCUGAAACAAUGGGGAGCAUCAUUCACACAUCUGCAGAACAUUUGUAGUAAACUAUUUGUACCACCAGUUAGAAAGCAGAGCAGCACCAUCUGAUGUGAGCUAACUAGGAUGUCAAAUAACUGUUUUGUGUCAUACAAUAUAAAUAUUUGUCAUCUGGCUUGGCAGACCCCCGACUUUACCAGAGAUUAUAAAAUCCCAAAUUGCUCCUCAUAUUUUCACACAGGUGACAACACCAAUCAACGGACAUUCUGGAAAAAAAUCACCCAUAAAAUUGCAGCAGGGACAAAACACCUAUCUAUAUAUAAAACUUUUUGAAAAAUUAUUGACUAGUAACAUAAGCUAUAUUUUAUACAGUACACUUCUGUAUGAGUGGGCAUUUCAUCCUCAUGGAUAACAUACUCUUGUUUGAAAAGUAUUGUCAUGUCUGGAUUAUGGGCUCAUCAAAGCUGGAUAGGUAACAGACAGAAUAUUGGCAGGGAAUAAAAGAAUUAAAAGCUCUUUCAAAUUAUUUCAUUUGAUUUAUCUUUGUAAAAUCAGUUGGUUUUUUUCCCCCGAUAAUUUGCCUGGUUAGUGGUUUAUAUAAAUGUACUUGCAAUGUGGUGACCUACAUUAAGCACAGAGCAGGAGUGGGUUGUUUGUGUUUGUGUGUGUUUAUGUACAUGUGUGUGUCUAUCUGUCAAUAAAAGCAUGGAUUUGGUGGGGGAGGCAGAGAAGGGAUUUAGGAAGAGAGAACAAAAACGAUUAGAUGAAAUAAAGCUUUCUUGAAGGAAUGUACUUGUUACUAAAUUUACAGCAUUGUUUGCAGAUUUCUCUGCUGUAUUUAUGAAUUUUAUAUUCCAUGAAUGUAAAUUCUUUUCAAAAAAUAACUUUCCAAUGUCACUUUUACAGUGUCCUCUAAACAGUAAAAUUACUUGUAUUUCUAUCACAGUAA